AUGUAUGGGAUAAUGAGUGAGUUUUUAAAGAAAGUAGUUUGUUCGUACUACUUUCGUUCGUACUACGUUCGUAGCUCGUUUUAGUAUAAGGUCUUUGUAUUAUUCAUUAGCAACUUUUUUAAAUGAAAAAAAAAUCGCUCUCUCUAAUCGAUUCAAUUAAUUAAAUGACAGUCACAUCACUAUACAAAAAAUGAGAAAAAAAAUAAAUGAUCCCCGUCUCGACUUCGCUUCACUUGUGUUUUUUUCUAAUUUUACUGUCAUUAGAACGAUAAUUUGAUGCAUAUUUUGUAUGCAACAGUUACUUUGAGUACACAUCGUGCAUUAUUAUGUUUCAAUUCCUCGCAGGGAGUGCUCUGAGUGCUUCUAAUAACUAAAAUCAAUAACAAUCAGUGACCAACAAAGUUACCAAGAUGAAUUAUGAAGCGGAAAGAGCUAUGAACCAGAAACGGCUGCGUAUGGAGGGUGAGCCGGGUCAUGGAGUCGUCCAAGGGAAUGGAUUGCCGUUAAAUUAUAUCGAUAAUGGUCACCAGAUACCGUACCAGCCGUAUGCUGGUGCAUACAAUACACAUUAUCCACCUCCUGACGCAUUUGCGGCGUAUGGGCCUCCACCUCCUGGAGGUUAUGCUCCACAGAACUUGUCAUAUGCACCCCCGGCACAUCAAAACUAUCCCCAUCACCAAAGCUUCCCUCCACAGCAACCACCACAAGCCCAGUUGCAUAUGCAAUCGCACAUGGGUAAGUUAUUUCAAGGAUAUGGAGAUGUGGGAGUUCAUAAACCGGCAUGGCCACCUCAACCACACCUGCUGCCUCCAAUUGACACACAAAAACCACUGGAUGUAAAACAAUUAAAACCAGAAAUUAAAUUAGAACCAACAGACUCACAAAAACGACCACAUCCAGAAAAUGAGAUGAUGGGAGGUGAUUUGGAUCAGCCUAAAAUUAAAAUCAAGACAGAUAUAUUUAAACCUGACGAUUUAGCUCCUAGACCUGUUGUCGAAAAACCUCUUGCUCAGGGCCUGCCUAAAGUCCCAUCUAAACUUGGAGUCCCUGAAGCGAACCAUGUUGUAGAAGUAAAGCGAAUUCCACUAGAAAAGAUUCGUGCCAUCAUUGAUGACUGGCCAAAUCAUCUAAGAGCCUCAUAUUGGAAUCCAGUGAUAAAAAACUUUUCGUGGUUGUCGGACUACCAUAAUACGGCUGCCAUACAGAAUAGGGAUUCUGUUAGUGUCGUGUGUGACGGUAUCUGGGGAAAGUCGGUUGAAGUGGAUACCUCUUUAGAAGAGAAGACGGAGCAUUGCAGUAACAAUGUUGCUCAGAAACCUCUGGAGCCGCAUAAACCUCCAGAACUUCAAAACAGAGAUGAUUUACAAGUGAGCGGAGAGAACAAACCCAGUGACAAGUCUGCAGAAUCGUGUAAGGUUGACGGCGUGAAUGAAGGUGUCGUUGAUAAUCAACGUCCUGCAGAGGCGUGCGCGGUCCUGGAUAAAUCAGAAGAGGAGAGGAAACCAUUCAGCAGUCCUGAGGUGAAUAAAUCAGUCGCUACGCCGGGUAAAACUCCUACGUCCAGUCUGGAGCCCAAAAAGCGGGGGCGGCCUAAAGGAUCGACCAACAAGCCGAAGCCCCCGGGCACACCCACCGGCGCCCCGCGCGCCCCCGGGCCGCGCCCCGCCGCGCCGCGCCCCGCGCCCCCCGCGCCCCGCCCCCGCCACGCGCCCUACCAGUACGCGGUGCGACCGUUCCGGAAGGAUUUCUCCGGGAUACAGUUCCGCAGGCGGUGGAGCGACGAGUGCCUGGACUCGUCGCACAUCCCCAACGAGGUGUACUUCGGCGACGUGCCCGUCUCCACGGAGGUGCUGUUCAACUACUACGACGCCAACGCGGAGCGCGAGCGGCUCGCCACGCAGGCCGCGCAGAUCGCCGCACAGAAGGCCGCCGCCGCCAAACUGGCCGCAGCCAAGCUCCAAGCUAGAGGCAUCAUAUCCAACGAGGUUACGACAGUGGACUCGUCGUCGUCAGAAGAGUCAUCGGGAUCGUCUGGUAGUGAUUCAGAAGAAAGUGACGAUGAGACGCCGCUGAAGCGCGGCCCCGGGCGGCCCAAGGGCUCGAAGAACUCGACGAGCCCGAAGCGGCCCCCCGCGGGCACGCCCGGCCGCCGCGGCCGCCCGCCCGUGCCGCCCGAGCUGCGCCAGCCCGGCAUCACCGACAUGAAGAAGUUCUGCAAGGCGGCCGGCAUACGGUUCGACUACAAGAAACUUGUCGAAGGAUGUACGAAGAAUAAGGAACGCGUUCAGAAGAUGAUGGAUUUAUUAACGGCAGCGGGACUAGAAGGCAAGCCCACGUUGGAGAAAUGUAAAGCGCUCAAGCAGGCGAAGAUGGACAAGAAAGAGCAGGAGAAGCAAGCGAAGAAGGAGGCGAAAGCCAAGCACAAAGACAAGGAAGGCGAGGACGAGGAGGGCGCGGAGGGCCCCCCGUCGUCGCGGCGCAUGACGCGCGGCGCGACGGGCGUGAAGCCGCGGCAGCGCAUCGUGAUCUCCUCCGACGAGGAGGACGACACGCCCGCCGCGCGCCGCACGCUCUCCAAGCUGCGCUCCAGCGUCAACUCCGACUCGGACUCCGACUAGUAAUCCUUCACUUCUCUGCUCUUGUUAAAGCAGUAUCAGCGUAGUGCUAUACUCGUUAGACAGUGAACGGACAUAACCGGACCUCUAGAAAGUGCUUCGACGGAGGUGCAACGGUUCAAUGAAGGUAGACUGUCGCUCUUUCCUACUAAUAUUAGGUUUUGCUACGUCUAAAUUCCGAGCGAAUAAAUAAAACAAGUGUACGUGUCAAGAUUUGUGUAAUUAUGUGAAUGCGAGUCGCUUGGUCAAGUCAAUAGGUUAGUCCAAGAUGGAUAUUGGAAGUAGCGAAAAUUAGAAUUAUAUGCGUUUUUGUUAAUGACAACAUUUUAAUCGACUACACGAAAGGUAAAAAUUAGGUUUUUGAACGUCUCGGCUAAAUGAGAUCUUUUUUGAAGUCUGGCAGCACUGUCAUUAGUUAUUAAAAAAAAGUCUGUCAGCAACAGCCAGCGUCAAAACAUAGUGUUGUCUCGUAUUCUGGAAUUUCUCGGGAAUGCGAUGCAAAUGCUAUUUUUAAGUGAGACUGAUUGAUAAUAUGAAGUUGUUACAAAACCUUUUGAUGUAGUUAAUUAAAUAGAAUUAUUUAUAAUUUAUUAUUAUCUAUUAUGUUGUCUAAAAAAACUUUUUAAGUGUAUAAUCAAAUACCUAACUGCUAUCGAGAAUAAUUGACAAUAUAUGUCAUAAAUCGAGUAUUAGUAGUAUUUGUAAAUUAAAUACUAAAUUUUAUUGUUGAUAGAAUAAGAAUACAAAAUAAUACAAUUAUAAACAAUACAAUUACUCCUUGCUCUGGGAGUGGCUAAGUUAUUUAUCUUUGUCACUCCUGUAACUUCUAGAUUCGAUGGCUUAUAACAUCAAAAGUAUAUUUCUAUACCUGUUUCAUAAGAUUUAGAACGUUUAUUUGUCUAUUAUUGCAAAUUUAACAGAAAAUAUAAGGAAAAUAAGAAAAUGUCACUGCAUUCUUAUCAAAAAGUCAAAUAUUCUCGAGUGCAGCCAGGGAUUUAGUUGACUUGUUCCUAAAGUGACAUUUUACGCGUGAAAGAUACUCGCAUGUGACUGUUUUAAAGAAAGUCGUUGACGACAAUAGAUCGUGCUUCAAGUAAAUAUAGGUCCUUUAAAAAGUAUAAUAAUAAAUAAAAAAUGAAUAAUUGUAAGUGUCGAAUCGGCCAAUAAUGUAGGGAUAAAAUUUUUAUUGUGAAUUAAUAAGCAGUCCCCGGGUUAUAAAAAUAAUGUAAGUUAGAGAAAAAUGAUAUUUACAAUUCGUAAUUUUUAACAUUUUUUUAGUUAUGUCUUAUUCUAACUAGAUGGACAUAAUUUGUAGAUGCUAUCCGUGUGAAUUUUUGAAGUUAUGGUUUUGAUUGAUUAUCUAAAAUUUGUCAUUUGUACUAUUUGAAAUAUUAUAGUUUGCAUUUUUGAGGUUAUUUCAAUGGGUGCUACCGCUUGUGUAUUCUAUAGAGGAAUUAUAGAUAGAGAGGGGAUCAAGACCUCCAGCCAUCUCUCGGUUAGAAAGAGAAGAUCGUGCUGCUCUAAUUGUUUCACUCAUCUCGUGCAUGCGUAAUUACUAGAAAUACCAGAAAGAUUCAACGACAUGUCUAUGCACA